CUGCACUUCACCUCUCAACGAGUGUGCACAUAAUAUUUGGUGUAGAUCUCGGUUCUAGGCCGCCACCAUGGGACAAGAGGAGGAGAAUUGCCUUGAUUUUGUUCCGCGGCUGUCUUUUUUGCCAAUUGAGUGGCGUAACAUAGGCUCUGCAUUUGGCCUGAAAGAUCGCUCUGGAACGGCCGCCAGCGGGCGCUGCUCGUUUGUCGUCAAGGAGGGAAUCGAUGUAGCCGAGCUGAGCACAACGGGUCGCGUCGUUGAGGGCGCAUCGGACGUGGGCGUUGCAUUAAAGCUCAGCACGUUGGCGAUCGGCAUUUCGGCUGGCAAUUUGAGCUUUCGCACGGGUCUCGACAACCCGACGGCGGCGCUUGCCCAGAGAAUUGGCGAAAGCAGCGUGCCCAGCCUGAAGCUCAUGGCUGCGAAGCAAUUCAAGGGUGAAAACUAUGUCGCUGCUAGCUAUGACCUGAAGACCCGGAAACCGGAGCUAUCCGCUUGCUGGACGGGCGACGCUGACACCGAGCGCGCGACGCUGCUCGUGCGCGUUGACCCAAUCAUGCGGUCAGUCAAAUUGGCCGCAGCGGUCAGCACUCCAGGGCCCGAAUGGCGCAAGGUCGUAUUCAAUGACGUCACCGAUCGCAUUGAGGAGCCCGCAGACGACGGCGCGCGCCACACACUUUACGUCCAGCACGAGGUUCGGGGACGCGACUUGCUGCACGCUACUCGCAUCGGCUGCCGCCUCGAUCUGGGUCGACUUGCCAAUUACGCGGCGGACUUUUUCGACUAUAACAUUGAGGAGCGCAUCCCCGGCUUUAUCUGGAACAUCCCCCUUCUGCCGCAGCUGUACUACAUGCUUGUCCCACCCGAGGACGAAGAGCAGGUACGGCACCGUAUUACCGGUUGGGAGCUGGACAUCUCCCACGAUUUCAGCCGGGGACCGCAACCCUCGCUGGCGUUGUGCAAGACCUUCAAGUACGGCACGCUGGCCGCGUCGUACGACCUGGCGGAGGAGCAAGCAGGGUUAUCGUACAGCCGCCGAGGGUUGACGGUCGGCGCGCGCGUGGGCCGUCUUGAGGGGCAGGGCUGGCGGAAGCCCUCACUUCACCUCAGUGUGGACCCGCUCACCCUGUUGUGCUGA